AAUAAUUAUUCUCAGUUUCUCACACACACACCCCCACUUAUUACAAGUCCACCAGUAGUAGCUGAACAAUCAAACAUCUCACACAACAAGCAGCCAUGGCUGUUGAAUUUCUAGAAACUUUGAAAGAAUCCAUAACCGCUUACACCGGGCUUUCACCUAACGCUUUCUUCACCGUCAUCGCCGCCGCUAUCGCCGUCUACUAUCUCUUCUCCGUUUUAUUCGGCGCUGGCCCCAACUACCAACAACACCGUCCUAGAUCCUUUGAAGAAGACGUCCAGCCGCUUCCGCCGCCGGUUCAGCUCGGCGAGAUUUCCGAGGAUGAGUUGAAAGCUUAUGACGGCAACGAUCCUCAAAAACCGCUUCUUAUGGCCAUUAAAGGUCAGAUCUAUGAUGUUUCUCAAAGCAGGAUGUUCUAUGGUCCGGGUGGGCCAUACGCAUUGUUUGCAGGAAAGGAUGCAAGCAGAGCACUUGCAAAAAUGUCGUUUGAAGAGAAAGAUCUGACCGGUGAUAUCACUGGUCUAGGUGCAUUUGAGCUUGAUGCAUUGCAAGAUUGGGAAUACAAGUUCAUGAGCAAGUAUGUCAAGGUUGGAACCAUCAAGAAAUCUGAAGGUGUGGCCGAGCCAUCAACUGCUGCCGAAACCAGUGAGGCAACAGAAGCCAACCAUGCUGAGUCAAUUGCGGGAGAACCAUCUACGGCUGCAGCUGCUGCUCAUGUUUCAGAGCCCAAAGAAGCUACAGAUGAAAAGGAGGAAGGAACUUCAACCACAACAGAAGUCGUGAAAGAUGAGUAGAGUUUUAUGAUGGCUGAGUAGGGUUUGGGUUGAGUGCCCGUUAUUGUUAAUUAAUAUCUUUUGAACAAGUUAUACCUUCUAUAAUUAAGCUUGAGUUAAUGACUAAGAUAACUGUACUUAUGUACCCUAAUUUGAAUAAUGUGGAGUUUAUGCA